AAUCAAGCAGAAAAAGUUCACCUCAUUGACCUUUUUCAAACUACCCACCAGCGCAUCUUCCUGCCCUCAUAUUUAAUAUAAGGUACCUCCGAAAAAGGUCUAAUAAACGAAAUCAUGGUUGCUACUGCUCCAGAAUAUCGGGUAUCAUCCACUGCAUAGCUCUGUUGCGCGGUAUGUCCGCCGUCUCAUGUCCUUUCUCCGAACCUUCGAGCGGGCGUCGAGCUGCGGAAACACGUACGAGAUAGCCUCCUUCUCUCUCUCGGCCUUCCUAUGCCCGAUACUAUACGAUCGUAUACGCCCAAAGACGACAAAGCAGCAUGAGAGACAACGAACUGAAGCCCUAUUUCGGACGCUUCCUCCAGCCGUCGAACUGGAGACAUGCUUCAUUGCAGCCUUGGUGCGAGCAUCAUCUUGUCACGGACAUUACAAAGGUCGCUACAGGCCGCAAAAUCCCCUAUCUCAGUAUUCAGGAGCCUGCAGACCACGAGAGCUUCUGUCAAACACGGCCUUCCAAUGUCAACGAAGGAAUUACACCAAGACUGCAAGAUGUGCACGCAAUUCCAGCUUCUCGGCAUCAAUUGGAAAGGAGGACCUACAUGCUUUGGUCGAUAUAUAUGGAGCACGAAGAGAAGAGCAUGAACAUCAGGUAGACACACCGAUUGAUCCCGUGCCUGUUAGGGUAAAGUCCUCAGAACAGCCAUUCGAAGACGCAGACGUCGUUGAAAGCCAUUAUCUGAUCAAUCCCGAACCUUCUUCAGAAGCCUCACGGAUCCUUGCGGAUUUAUCUUCCCUGCUGGAAGAUCCUGACACGCCUCAUGAAGUUAUCUAUGCGCUAUAUCGGCAACUUCCUGGCAGUCGUAUCUGCUACUUAUCUGUGGACUUGCGCAAGCGUCUACUAAAAUUUCUUUCCCAAGUUCCAGCAUUCCGCUUCAAAAUCAAGUAUGCCGACAAUUUUCUCUCUAUAUUACACGACAUGCGGGCAGAGAAUAUUCCUGUGGACCUCGCACUAUGGUCAACCGCUAUUCGCUUCCUAGGUCUGAGCGAAGGUCCUCAUCAAGCUGUACGAAUGUGGCGCGAGAUGGAAAAUCACUACGGCCUGAGAGCCAACAACUACAUCUUCAGCAUUUUGUUCGACUUAGCGGCCAAGCACAACAGCUUUGCACUUGCCGAAAUGAUAGAGAAAGAGGCACGCGAGCGGAAUGUCAAGCUUGAUCGCAUAUCACGAAUGUCGCGAAUUUUCUACUAUGGCAUACUAGGCGACGGCCUGAAUGUGCGUCGAGCAUAUGCCCAACUUGUGGAGGCAGGCGAGAUCGUAGAUACGGCUGUCCUCACAAACGUUAUAUCUGCUCUGAUUGAUGCCGGGGAAUAUCCAGCUGCGGUGGAAACCUUUGAGCGCAUGAAGCAUCUGCAUGCCACAAAAAAAGGUGCCACCCACGCGCCCAACCUCUGGCGCGAGAGACGCGAACUGCGAAUCCUUCUGACCAAAGCGGGACAUCACUACCGAAGACGGCCAGAAGAGCGGCAGAAAUUCCAAGAUUUGGCACCCAUCAACCCAGACUGGCGCACAUACCGUGUUUUUCUUCGCUAUCACGCACUUGUGACAGGCGAAUGGCAGGAAAUUGAAAGGCUCUUAUCCGAGAUGCGCAGGGCCAAAAUCAGCCUGAAUUCCGAGAUCUACGCAGUUAUAUUUAGCGGCUUUGCAAAGCACGGUGGCAUACAGCUUGCCGCGUGGACCAGACACAACCUUGAGAGCCUCUGGCAGGAGUUUAAGAAGGCCAACACGGAAGAUCCAGUGGAGAAUUCGCUCAAUUCCCAUUUAGUAUCAAUGAUUAUGGCGGCUUUUCGUCAUUGCGCAGACCGCACGCGGGCGAGAUCUGUUUGGGAGACGAUAUUAGAGAGAUGGAGGCCUCCUAGAAGGCUGGAUUUGCGAAUUCGCCAGCUGCUCAAAAAGUAGAGGGCGCCUUAAACGUGCGGUUGAUCACUAAUUUGAUCGAGGCUUUUUGAUAUCUGGUAUACCGACUUGUAAAUAUUGAUCUCAUGUGGAUAUUUCCGCCACGUGAUGUCGCGUCUUCAAUCACGAAAAACCUUACGCGUGCUC